CUGAUUCUGUAGUUGUUGAACCCGAAAACCAAAGCACUACAUAUCCCAAGAUCCAUUGCACAGAGCCAACCCUGUCCCGCUGCUGAUCCCGAAGGUUCUUGGGAAAUGAAGUCCAAGCUACCUUGAAACUUAACGGCCCAGGUUAUCCUAGAGACUCCAGUCCCCAACAAGCUCUGCGCCUAGCGUGCGCUAUGGAGCCGCAAGUCGCAGAACUGAAGCAGAAGAUCGAGGACACAUUGUGCCCUUUUGGCUUCGAGGUUUACCCUUUCCAGGUGGCAUGGUAUAAUGCACUCCUGCCUCCAGCCUUCCACCUACCUCUGCCAGGACCUACCCUGGCCUUCCUGGUACUCAGCACACCUGCCAUGUUUGACCGCGCCCUGAAACCCUUCCUGCAAAGCUGCCAUCUCCGACCACUGACUGACCCUGUGGACCAGUGUGUGGCCUAUCAUUUGAGCCGUGUUAGAAAGAACCUCCCAGAGUUGCAAAUGGAAGUCAUUGCUGACUAUGAGGUACACCCCAAUCGGCGCCCCAAGAUUCUGGCCCAGACUGCAGCCCACGUGGCAGGGGCUGCUUACUACUACCAACGGAAGGAUGUGGAGGCUGACCCCUGGGGAAACCAGCACAUAUCAGGUGUGUGUAUACACCCGCAGUACGGAGGCUGGUUUGCCAUUCGAGGAGUAAUGCUGCUGCCAGGAAUAGAGGUUCCAGAUCUGCCACCCAUAAAGCCCCUGGACUGUGUACCUACAAGAGCUGACCGAAUCACCCUGCUUGAAGGCUUUAAUUUCCAUUGGCGUGACUGGACAUACCGGGAUGCUGUGACACCACAGGAGCGCUACUCAGAAGAACAGAAAGCCUACUUUUCUACUCCACCUGCCCAACGCUUAGCUUUGUUGGGCUUGGCCCAGCCCUCAGAGGAUCCUAGCUCUGCAUCUUCUGAGCUUCCUUUUACCGCAAUCCCACCAAAGCAGCCCCAGAAUCCCAGCAGAGCCCGAGGCUGGCUCAGCCCCAAAGUCUCACCACCUGAAUCCCCUGGCCCUUGACAGCCUCCCUCCCCUGGGAUCCCUAUUUAUAAGUGGUACUUGCUCUAGGACACCUUUGGCUUUGGCAAGGCAUUUUAUUUUGGGUACAGUAUUUUUGUUUAAUCAGGCUUCAUGCCCACCGUGGAACCCAACAUGGGCUGGAUCUCACGAUGCUGAGAUCAAGACCUGAGCUGAGAUCAAGAGUUGGAUGCUUAACCGAAUGAGCCACCCAGGUGCCUGGGUACAAUAUUUUUAAUGAAAGGACUGUAAUAGAGAUCUUCAAUGAAGAUAACAGCCUAGAGCAAUUUAGUCAAAACAGUAAGUCAAAGAUCCAGAAUUCCCACCUGGCUUAGAUUGUGAUUACUCGUUUCUCUGUAGUGCUCCAAGAUCCUACUUAUUACAGUGCCUAAAGGGCAAUCAUCCCCUAAUGGCACCUGCCUCAGGCUUGUUGUGAGGAAUGAAUAAACACACGCAAGGCAUUUCUGAAACAA